UAUAAAGUAGAUCUAACAAAUUUAUUUCAGGUUUCAUAUGAAAGUGUAUGAAAUUGGGCUAAAUUACACACAGAACUCCAGAAAUAUAUGGUCUGGAAAAUUACUGUCACUUAAUAAUACUUAAUAGUUAUUAUUAUUAUUAUUUUUUACAGUUUUUACAAUUAUCUAGAGCGGCGUUGUAUAUACAUUCUAAAGUCUACAAAACGGGUAUUUAAAGUGAGUUAGCUUGCACUCGCAACUCAUAUAAUCGGGAAUUUGCCACUACACCAGUAAGAAAGGUUUCCUUUAACCAUAUGAUGCUCGUUGCUAAGAGACGUGGUGUAAACAGCAGCGAGCGACUGCCUGUUUUUACGGAUCCUGAAAGUAUCCAUUAAAAAGGAAAGAGAAGUAGUGGACAGUGGACCUCAGGUAGUGGAGCCAUGUCGAAAGGAGCAAAAAGAGUAACCAAGGGGAAGAAGGCAGCGAUGACGGAGGAAGAAAAGAUCCUUUUCAUGCAGCAGAGAGCUUUGGCAGAGGAGGACAUGGAAAAAAGGAAAGAGGACAUGUUGACCCAGUUCCUUAAGGACAAGCUGCAGAAGGAGGAAAGAAACAGUACAGUGAACCGGCUCAAGCUGACCCAGCAGUGGAGGACGGUGCUGAGGAAAGCCCGUGUCGAGGAGCUGCACCGCGAUGUGGCCGUGCUCAGCCAGACCUUCGAGAGGAUCCUGGAUCACAAGGACAGCAUCAUCAAGUCCCUGGUGAGCGACCUGAUGGAGGCGGAGCAGCAGUCGUCCUUGGCAGUGAGCUCUCACCUGCAGUUUGUGGACCGGCUUCUGGAUCUGCACAAGGCCAGGCUGGAGUCGCUGCAACAGACCUGGGCCAAUGAGCUUGAAGAGCUCAGCAAGGAGUUUAACGCAGAGAGGGUGCUGCUCACAUCUCAGCACCAGGCAGAGUCCACAUAUCUUCAGGAUGUCAACUUUGCCAUGGAUGAUCACUACCGCAAUGUGUACCGAGAAGUCCAAGAUGACUUCUAUAGCACCCGUGAUGACGUCCGGAACCAGAAUGCAGAGGAGAUGCAGAUGAUCCAGGAUCAGCAGAAAGGCACUGUGCAGAAACGGAUGGAAGAGCUCGAGCAGGAGCACCAUAGAUAUUUAAAGGCCACGGAGAACCAGCAGGUCGCAUGCAAUGCACUGCAGGCCAGCGACCAGCAGAGUGCCCAGGAAAUAGAGGAGCAGAUGAGGAAACUGCGCAUGAUACAGACCAAAAUCGCAAAACUGCGGGCGCAGCUGAACUCCAGACAGGGGGAAAGCACACUGAUGGCACAGGACCUGCGGGCAGCCAAGACAGACGUCCUCCUGCAGACCCAGCAGCUAAUGACAGAGCUGGGCUGCACCCGUGCCACAGAGCGGCGGCGCCUCACUGACCUCACCGUGCGCAGCAAUGCUGCAGCCAAGACCUUACGGGGCGUCAUAGAGAAGGGGGAGAAGCUCCUGCGUCUGUCGGAGAUGUGUCGCAAGCUGGAGACGGAGCAGGAGAAGGUGCUGCCCUUCUACAGCUGCUCCCUGAGCGCUGAGGAGAAGAGCCUGGGAGCAUGUGGCACCGUGGAGGUGCUCACAGAGGAGCUCGCCAAGCCCCCUGUGGCCCAGGCCAUGCAGGAUCAUUCGGCCCUGGAGCACUUCUGGCAGCGCUACAACAAGGCCCAGUUGGAGCGCCUGUGCUUGGAGCGCGAGCGGGCUGAGCUGAGCCAGGAGAACCAGCGCCUACGGCUGCUCCUGCGCCAGUACCUAGACAGCAUCUCCGUCAACGACGAGCUCCAUCUUCAACAGCGCCCCCUCCUGGUGGUCCGCCAGCCCGCGCUUGCCAUCGUCGGCGACAGCCGUGGGAAGCGGCACACCGUUGUCGAGGCAGCCCAUGCCAUGAAGCACACACUGUGAACCACCAGGGGGCGUGGUUCAGCUGCCCAGAUCCCAUUUGACGCAGCCCCCGGAGGAAUUAAGGGCCCACUCGCAUUUUACAGCAUGACAACAGCUGGGCACUAAAGCAGCACGUUACAGCUCACACAUAAAUAACACAGCACCCAGCAGCCCUUACGGCACCCAGCAGCCCGUACUGCACCCGGCAGCCCUUACCGCACACGGCAGCCCUUACGGCACCCAGCAGCCCGUACGGCACCCAGCAGCCCGUACGGCACCCAGCAGCCCUUACGGCACCCAGCAGCCCUUACGGCACCCAGCAGCCCUUAUGGCACCCAGCAGCCCUUACCGCACACAGCAGCCCUUACCGCACACAGCAGCCCGUACGGCACCCAGCAGCCCGUACGGCACCCAGCAGCCCUUACGGCACCCAGCAGCCCUUACCGCACACAGCAGCCCUUACCGCACACAGCAGCCCGUACAGCACCCAGCAGCCCUUACGGCACCCAGCAGCCCUUACGGCACACAGCAGCCCUUACGGCACCCAGCAGCCCGUACUGCACCCGGCAGCCCUUACGGCACCCAGCAGCCCGUACUGCACCCGGCAGCCCUUACGGCACCCAGCAGCCCGUACGGCACCCAGCAGCCCUUACGGCACCCAGCAGCCCUUAUGUGCAACAGCAGCCCUUACGGCACCCAGCAGCCCUUAUGUGCCACAGCAGCCCUUACGGCACCCAGCAGCCCGUACGGCACACAGCAGCCCUUACGGCACACUUACGGCACCCAGCAGCCCGUACGGCACACAGCAGCCCUUACGGCACCCAGCAGCCCUUACGGCACCCAGCAGCCCUUACGGCACCCAGCAGCCCGUACGGCACACAGCCCUCAGACGCACUGCGCCCCACAUCCAUCCAAGACCACGAGUCAUCAGUAAACACACGGCCUCCAAGCUUCUCAACCCCACUUUAUUUCUUCUUCUGCUUGCCCUUCUUGUCCUUCACUUUCUUCUUGCCGGAUUGCUGGGCACCAGCCUUGUUGUAGAGGUAGAGUCCCACCAGGCCGAGCAGUGAGGGCACCAGUGCGAGGCACACCAGCGGGAACACGUCGUUCACCAGCUUCUGCCAGGGCGUCUGCUGGCUCAGAGACACCACCUCCACCUCGAAUUCCAGCGGCGCAUCACCUGUGGCCAAGGCACAGGUGCUCAGAAUGCAUUUUUUAAUUGGACGCGUGCAUGUAGGAACAUGCUUGUGUUAUAUGCGCCCACUUUAAACUGAGACAUGCAUUUGGCAGCUGCCCUUGUCCACUACCGCCCCCUGCUGUACCAUAUGUAGCAUGACAACAAGUACAAGAUUACCUGGGAUGGUUGGAGGAUAGCCACGCUUCCCAUAAGCAAGAUAAGCUGGUAUUGUGGCCUUAAUUUUUUGUCUUAGGGAGAAAAAAACUUAAAUAAAUAAUGCAUAUUCAAAGGAA